AUGCUCUCUACCCAUAGCAAUGAGGUUCCCAUCUGGGGCCCUGCAUCUCUUGACCCCUGCAUGUUUGACUCGGGAGCGAAUGCGAACCCAAUGCCGGAAGCAUCUCGGUUUGCUGUUCAACCAGACCUAGCCAUGCAGUUUCCUGUCAACCAAUAUGCUAUCGCCUUCUCGAACGACCCUGACAAGAGCAUACCCGCAGGCACGGUUUGGGAGCACCGCCCCUCCGCCACGUCUCCUCUCAUGGCGCAAAACCACCAUUAUGUGAAUCCGCCAAGGUCAGGCAGCACGAUCAACACCGGCGGUGCGGGAAUGCUCCCCCGGCAUGACGGACAGACCGCAAGCCCAGCGGGCGAGGGCGGUCUUUUAAUUAUGCCACCGGAGCCGCAGGUUUUCAAAUGCCAAUGGAAAGGCUGUUUGAGCCUCAACGACUUCCGCCGAGAGGCAGACCUCCUUCGCCAUCUGAAGACGAUACACAUCUCGCCAGAAGCUUACCCAUGUCUUCUCAAUAACUGCAACAAGGUCUUUGGACGGAAGGAUCAUUUACAGCAGCAUCAGAGACGCCGCCAUCGCGAUGCUCUCGCCAUGGAAUGUGCGGCUUGA